UUAGUCUAUUAGAGACAUGGUCAACACUCAGCAUCAGACAACAACCAACACUCCCCAACCACUAGCCCUAGAUCUCUCUUCGCGACUUCUCCUCCGCCAUCGUUAUUCCGCCUCUCAUCGCCAGUCGCCUAUUCCCCCACCGCCAGUCGCCUAUUCCGCCACCGCCAGUCCGCCUAUUCCGCCUCCGCCACCGCCAGUCCGCCUACUCCGCCUCCGUCACCGCCUGUCGCCAGACCGCGUAGACGCCAGGUCGCCAGUCCAGUCCGGCAGUCGCAGCAGCCCUCCGCCUCACAGUCUCAGCAAUCCUCCAGCUUCUUUUAGAUCUUUCAGGUUUUGGGUUGGUGAAGGGGCUCGAGCAUGGGCAAACUCCAAAGGUGUUGCUUUAACAAAAACAAUAGCAGAAGCUGAUGAGGUAUUAUUCCUCUUUCCAGUAAUGUCUAUAUGAACACUGUCAAGUUUUGAUGCUACAUUGAUUUGUGGAUCUACAGAGAACAGCAGUUCACAGAUUUUGAUCACUUCAUAUGGGUGUUUGCUCUUUAAUCAUCCACAAGCUAAUCUGUGUAGCAUCCUGUUUUGGGUUCAUGUUGUAGUCUUGUAGAUGGACACACCUUUAGCAUUCCUGGAAUCAUAGUGUGGUCCUUGUAUUAGCAUAUGGAAUGUUUUGAUUGUAGGAAGAUUUCAUUUACUUUAAGCUUAUUAAAGUUGAAGAAGUGAAGGUGAAAUGGUGCACUAGAGAUUCUGUGUAUAUUGAUGUUUUAUGAUGUAAUAUCGUCAUUAGACAACUGCUUGCCCACUCUUUCCUUGGUCAAUGUGGCUUUGUUGUUGUUAUAAGUUGCGUUUAUUUUUCAUGCAUAAGCAUACAAUUUAUACCCUGAUAUGCAUCACACGAGGUGCAAUUCUCAAAUAGGCCUUAGCAGUAAAUCCAGUAAUCUUGUUUUAUUCUUUGUCAUGUCCUAUCUAUAUUGGGCUGUUUAUGUGAUGCUAAAGGAGAUCUCUAAAGCCAGAAUUUCUGUUUGUGGCAGGUUGAAUCUUCCACUGCGGCAAAGACGAAAAUGUGUACAUGUCUCUAUCUUUGUAAAUAUUUACUGUUUACUAUACCAAUAUACCUAAAGGAUAAUAUAUGCUAACGUUUUUCUUUUUAAGCCAUCAGAUUUGAAGGAUUUUUUUUUUUUUUUUUUUUUUGUGAGGGUAAAGGAGGAUACUUGGGGUAUGCAAGAGAAAUGACAGUAAGUUUGUUUUGGUUGCAUUAAAUUUUUGUCACU